UCAAGGGCGAGAUUUUGAGAGGCGCGAGCCGGCCUCUUUGGAGCAGCGGCGAGGCGCUUCUUGCUGCGCAGCCCGCUGGGUGGAAGGGGCACCGACAGCGCGGAGCCGCUGCGCGCCGAGGAUGGCUCGGGCUCGCCCGCCGGCAGGAGCCGGGCCGCGGCGCGAAUGAAGGGCGACGGCGGCCAGGGAGAACGCGGCUCCGCGGAGGGGUAGGUGCCCUCGGGACUGGAUCCGGCUUUGGUCAGACGGGACCUCGCCUGUCUCCGCCACCCAUGGAGGCGACGACGCUGCUGCGCCCCGGGGACUGCAAGCCUCCCAGCGGGCGAAGAAUGAAGGCCCGGGCUCCCCCUCCGCCAAAUCAGCCUCCUGCUUCGUGUAAAGUUAAUAAUGAACGCAAAUUAUCCACAGACGUGGGGAUCCUUCCUGAUCAAGGUGGGAUAAACAUGAAGGAAAACAUGAUUAACAGGACAGUGGACUUUACGGUAGUUUUUCCUGAUGGAGAAGAACAGAAGAAUACUGUGCAUGGGAGUAAAGCUGUGAUGGACCUGUUAGUUGAUUUGUGCAGCCGGUACCAUUUAAACCCAGCCCACCACACGCUUGAGCUUCAGUCUUGGGGGACCCAGCAACCUUUGCAAUACAAGCCAAAUACACUGAUAGGGGCACUGGAUGUACAGAAGAUACUUCUCAAGGAGAAGACUCCUGAAGGAAAGACAAAGAGGCCUCCGCCCAAGAUUCCUGAGAAAACCGUGAGGCUGGUAGUAAAUUACCUCAAGACCCAAAAGGCAGUGGUUCGAGUGAAUCCUGAGGUGCCCCUUGAGAGCAUAAUCCCGGCCAUUUGUGAAAAAUGCGAGGUCAGUCAGGAACACCUCAUCCUCUUGAGAGAUACCAUCACUGGGGAGGAGCUGGAGCUUACCAAGUCAUUGAACGAACUAGGGAUAAAGGAGCUCUAUGCAUGGGACAGAAAAAGAGUUAUUCCGUCAAAAGCUCAGUCUGAACCUUCUCUGAACUGUAGAGAAACAAGAAAUUCAACGAGCUCUGACCCAGCAGAAAAAGAAAAGAAAAGGUUUUUGGGAUUUUUCAGAACUAAUAAAAGAAGCAGUAAGGCAGAAGAAUCCUCACUAAGGAUGGAUGUGGAUUACGCCAGUGAAGAGCCUUUAAAAUCAACUACUGCGAGUCAACAAAGCCUGGAUAGAAUUACAACAGCUCCAAAUUCUCCUUCUGUGAAUUCUUGUUCCGUUACGCUGGGUCCAUCACUUUCUCUCGGGAACAUCUCAGGAAUGACCUCGAACAGCGAAAUAAAAAAGCGGAGAGCACCUCUCCCGCCAACAGUGAUGCCUCCGUUGCAGAGUGGGGAGACAAAUGGACAAGAAAAAACACUAAGUCAGAUGACUCAAAGUUCAUCGCAAAAUGAAUUACAAAAGAAAAAGAGACGCGCUCCUCAGCCACCAACUCCACCAACUCCUACAAUGCCAAACAGGAUAGAAGAGGUGGAAGACAAGAGGCAAAGCACAGUUGGUAAUGGACGGCAUGUGCCACAAAAGCCUCCUAGAGGCAACACGCGUGGUCCACCCCAGUUAGUGAUCCCCCCACCCCCACCAUACCCUCCUCCUGACAGAGAUAUGGACCCAGCUGUAUUGUACAAUGGAACAGAUGUUACAGACCCAACCAAGCUGGUACCUAAACGUGAUGUACAGAUUUCAAAUGAUAAUGUUUAUAGUUCGGAUGAGAUAGUUCUUGAACUGUCAGAAAUAGAGGAGACCACUUCUGUUAGCAGCUGUUUCGCCUCAGAGGACACCACGGAAGAUUCUGGCAUUAUGAGCUCUCCUUCAGAUAUUGUAUCGUUGGAUUCACAAAAUGAUAGUAUGAGGUCAAGAGACAAGUCUGUCAAUGCCCAGGAGACCUCAGCUGAAGCAGAGUCCACGGUUGUUGCAGAGUCUUGCUCUUUAAGGAAAACGUCCUUCAAUUCUGAUGAGUCUGAGAAUAUUCACCAAAGCACGGAUGAUGGCGAAAUGAUGGACGUUACAUUUGAAAAUUCAGAGACAUUCAUUGCUGCUCGGCUGGAACAGACCUUGGCUGCGUUGGAUAAAGAACUAGCAGCGAUGGAAGGUAUGCAUGAAGAUUCUGAAAGGGGUUCUGUAUCCAGUGAGACAGAUGGUUCUUUCCCACAAAAUGCUAAGGCUGCUGAAGAUCUCCCAGCUGCUGUGCCAGUGACAAUUAUAGAUGAAGUUCCAGAAGUUGAUACCAGAAUCCACUCUACGAGAGAAAGAAGAGAUGCUUUGCUUUCCCAGACGCAGACAAAUGACGGUGUUCCAGUCAGUCUCGUUAACCCAGGGAAGCUGUCCAAUGAAAACAACAACGCUGGCUCUUUCAGCAAGGGAUAUGUGGACAGGGGAUCUCUGAGUUCAUCUAAGAGUGUAUUACAACAGCAGUCACCUGAUCCCGAACUGAGACAUCAAAAUGAGGAAGAGCAGAAAUACGAGUCUGAGACGCAGGCAUCCUGGUUGGAGAAAAGGGACACGGAGGUGGUCUUUAAAAAGGCUUCUGACCUCAAGCUUAUGAACAAAGUGGAUGGCACAAAGGAGAAAGUGAAAUCACCGAAUGAGCAGAAUGCCAAGGGAGAGCUUCCAGGCAAAAUUAAAACUGAGCUGGAAUUCAGGCUAGCAUCCUCACGAUCCACUGAAGAUAAGGAAGCUAUUCCGCCACCAUCCUUGUGGUGCAGCCGUGUUCACAAUGCAGUAGCAAGCUAUGAGCCCAAGACAGGCCUAACAACCUUUAAAGUUGUUCCUCCCAAACCUGAAGUGAAAUGUUUUGACACAGAUGCAUCUCUGUCCACUGGUGCCAUUAAAAUAGAUGAGCUGGGCAACUUGGUGACUCCAAAUCCUGUGGGGAUUAAAAAGGUUGCUGCAACCUCGCCUUCUAGUGAAGCAAGGGAAAGCCUCCUUGGGAGAGCCAAAGCAUACUGGAGGUCAAACUCUGUAGAAAAACCGCUUGAGGAGUCCCCAGUAGGUUAUUCUAACAAAUCCCCAGUUGCCCCUAAUUCCAAACCCCUCAGUAAAACGUCUGAAACCCAGCAUGACUGCUUUCCAAGUCUGAAAGUGGCAACGACGCCACCAGUUGGUUCACAAGUUGUUGAAAAUAAUUUGGGUCCUGAAAAAACGAAGCCACCCCUUCGUGUCCCACAGUACCCAAUGAAAACACCAACUGCCCCAGUAGUUAACAAGGAUAAGAUAGAGCUACCAUUUCAGAAGCCCCAAAGAAGAACAUCAAGCCAUUAUGUAGCUUCUGCAAUUGCAAAAUCCUUGGAUCCACCCCCGUUUAAAACCCAUCAGGAAAGACAUGACAAGGGAGAAGAAAAUAAUGAUCAAAGGGGGGCAAAAACUGAUACGGAAUCCCUUCCUAAAAGAUGCAUUAUUGUGGCCAAAUACUGCCCAGAGGAACCACAGCCAGCAAGAACAAAUGAAGGUUAUUCAAGUAUCUUCAGCUGCAGUAAAAAUACAGGAAAUAAAUUACCAAUUGGUGCUCAGUCCAAGAUGACAAACAGUACUGCCAACAGUAAGUCACUGAAUCAGGCCAGUCCUGCUAACCACUACAGAAGGAACUUCAGUGCACCGUUUACCACGGGCUCUUCUACAGAUGGCAUCGCAGAAAAGGAGACCGGUGGCAGCUCCAUACAAAAUAUAAUUGUUCGAGAAACAUCGCCUAUAUUCUAUCAAAAUGGGGAGCAGACUGGUCCGACUAGUCCCCUCUCCUUCCUUAAACCAUUUAAUGGCCCCUCAUCUUCCAUCACUUCCAGCUCCCUUGUGAAGUCGAGUAGUGGGCAUACUGUCAACAGCGGAUCGCAGGAAUUCAGUGGCACCCCUCUGGUUAACCAAGUGGCUUCUGAGAAAGAAAGAAACCUUGGAAGUGCCUCUACCAGGAAUGGACAGGAGCCUCCUAUCAGGGAUGACAACAUCUACAAUGUCUUCGGGCCAAAGAAAAAGUUUAAACCAGUCAUCCAGAAGCCACUUCCCAAAGACACAUCGCUUCACAGCGCUCUAAUGGAAGCCAUCCAGACUGCAGGAGGAAGAGAAAAACUUCGAAAGAUUUCAGACAACACUGUAAAUGGAACUCAGAAGAAAGCUUUGGUUUUGGAGCCGGAGAAUGAGCGCUGUGCCCUCCUGGCCGCCAUUAGAGGUCACAGUGGAACCUCCAAGCUGAGAAAGACCUCUUCAUCCGCUUCUGAAGAGUUGCAAGGUUUCCGAAAUGCAGAAUUACGUUUGCAAAUCAGAGAAGCAUCUCCGACAGAGCCGCGGUGUAAUCCUCCUCUGCCACCACCGCCACCGCCUCCUCCAACUCUUUUGUCAAGAAAAACUCCGAGAACCCUUGAAAGUAGCAUUACAGAAAACUCGGGUGAUGCAAGGCAGGCCCUUAUGGAAGCCAUCCGUUCAGGGCAUGGGGCAGCACGCUUAAGAAAGGUCCCCCUGUUUGUUUGAACACUGGAUUCUUCAGCUACAUACUUUCACCCUCGUCCUUAUCAGCUGGUUAUGGACAUCCAUAGAAAAGAUUUCCAUGGAGUAUAUAUUUGUUUACAGGCCAAAAUAAGUUGCAGUUCAUUGUCUAUGUGUUCCUUUUAUUUGUAUUUGUUAAUCGGUUCACAGGCUGCUAACACAGCUUCUGUGCCAAGGAUUGGGGGGUUGCCUCCAAAUAGUUAAAACCGUUGCCAAUGAAACUAUCCUUACUGGCAGGUUAAUAAGCGUACAAACACUUUACUGCCCUACAUUAACAUGGAAGUGUGUUUCUGGGCAAAACCAAGCACUUUUAGCUGUGUAUCUGAACCACAACAUUCUUUUGUUCAUAAAGCAGGUUUAAAAACAUGCAGCUGUUCUGAACCAUUUAGUUGGAUGUUAUACUCCCCCCCCCCCCUCUUUAAAGGCAGAAGCAAUUAAAAUUCUGAAACACAUACUAUAAAUCUAUAAAAAUUAAUAGCAAGAAAGGAAAAGGUUACGGUAGAUACUUAAUGGCUUAAAUUGCUGUAUGCUGAAGUCACCACUUUUUAUAAUCAAAUAAGUUUUAUUAUCUCUAGCAUUGCGGUUAUCAGGGUAAUCAGGGGAGAUCUUGAGGGAAACGACCCAUUUGUCAAGGGCCAAGCUACACGUGACGAAUGACACUUGAACGGCAAGUGAACAGACUCACAUGUAUUCCUCCCUGUCCACUUGCGCUCCACUCGAUCACGUAGUGAACAGGGAGGAAUACACGCGAGUCUGUUCACUUGCCGUUCAAGUGUCAUUCGUCACGUGUAGCUUGGCCCUCCCCAGCUUCUUCUGGGGAGGAUAUAAAGCACAGAAUACUAAGGAACUGAUAUCCUGAGUACCAGGGAGAAGGGAUGGUAGUCUGUGUACUUAGGGCACAAUACACCAGGAAGAUGUCCUGUGCAAGUCCUACCUAAAGCAAAAGGAGUGAUACAAGAGCAGGACUCUGCUUUGCAGGGCUUCCCAUAACUUCAGUGAGGUUCGUGCUGGAACAUUGUAUGGUGAAUCGUGCCCUAGACUAGAAGUACAAUUAAAAGUGCUCUUGAUAGUACCCUGUGGGGACUCCUGGACUUAAUCUUGUUUCACAAACGCUGCUAGUGGGUCAGGAUUCCAGUCCUUUCCAUGGACUUGCACUCAUCCCACGUACAAGAACUGGGCCCAGGUCCCACGGGGCAUAUCCUAAAUGUGUCUAAACAGUAUAGUAGAUUUUUUUAAAAAAAAAAAUCUAAGCUACUUUGAUAGAUGAUGUACAUAUUUUGAAAAAUAUUUUGUUAAAAGAGAAUUAACUUAAGGGAUUAUGACAGUCAUGGUUUUUCAUGUGUAUUAUAUGUUGUUGAAGAGCUGUUGAACUGCACCUUCAUAAAUUUUACUUCGUUUAAUAAUCAUUAUAGCGCAGGGCACAGUCCAAAGUGACUGCUGCUGCCUUAGUGCAAAGAUUUUUAAAAGUUUCUAUUUAAUAUUGCUAACCUUAUAAAUCACACUGUUAGCCAUCUGCAACCCAGUCACUGUGUAUUAUAUACUGUAAAAUACUACUUUAACUUAGUGCCACAAAUAAAACAAAUGCAAGAUUCA